CAAAAGGCCGUCUUGGUUAAUGUGUUCACAGUUUUCAAUGUCAGAAUGCUCUUUUUUAUUCGACACAUUUAAUAUGAUGAAAAAAUCUGUUCUGUUCUGUUCUGUUCUGUUUAGUGUUUGCUGGGACCAUUAAGAGGAUGUAACAUAAUGUGAAAACACGUUUUAUGGUAUGGGCGAACUUGUGAGGCGACUGGACUAUGAGCGGCGGUCCCGGCAGCGCUCUCUUCUGGCGGCCGGCUCAAGCGGUCAGCGCAUCAGCAAGGAAUACUCGAGCACCGUCCGAUAUGCGAACGAGAUGGAGGAGAGGAGGCGCCUGCUUUACGUACAAGACAUGGAGAAACACAAACGCCUUGUCAUCGACAGGUACAACUAUGAAAGGAAGGUGAUGACCAAAUUUAAAAAUGAACUUGAUUCGAAGACGCAAAAUUUCAAUGAAGAAAAGUACCAGCAACUACGACGCGUGAAGUCUGCAAACGGUCGUAUACAGAACUCAUAUCAAAAUACGGACAUUGGUAAGGUAAUUGAACUGGUGCCAAGACAUUACUACCGAACAAAAUCCGCUGUUGGUGUAAAGUUUUUGUGUAACUCCGACGAAAGUGGAACUGAUGAUGACGACAGUGACGUUUUCAAGGAAAGAGAUACAGACAGUCAGACAGACAUAAGUGCAGACAGGUACAUAAACGGACACACGUCUGGUGGACAGAAAGAAGAAAAAUCGCCCAGUGAAUUGACUCAAUGGUCUUCUAUGUGGAAGAAAAGGCAUACGAAAUCUGCACUCCGACGACGAAUGUCGUAUUCCAAUUUCAUAUCCGAGGUGGAAAACCCCGUUAACAUUGAUAUUGCAAGUAGGAGACAGUCUGCUCCACCAAAAGUUAUAACAGCAUUUAUUCCACCAGAUUUAUCAACUAUCAAGAAGAGGUUGUCUAUCUCAAGACCGCAAUCGUCUGCCAGUGGUAUGCAACAAAGACGCACCUCUCAGCCGAACUUAAAAUACAAGCGUCCGUCAACAGCGGACUUAAGACGCAUGUCCGCACCAGCACUACGAGCAAAAAGCGCAUCCCAAGCGGCACUUGGUUCCAGACGCGGGUCUGUCUCCAGCGUCGCCUCGUCAUCCUCCCUUAACGGGAGUGUCAAUGGAGGAGAUGAGAAGGAGAAUACAUCAAGGUCGUACAGACUCUUGCGGGAGGCGUUCAAAAAGAUGAAGAUCGAGCAGCCCGACUACAAGAAGGAGUGGCUGGAUCGCAUGAAGGAGGACCAUCUCAGCAAGACGGAACACCUGCACGAGAGAACCCUGGAGAAGUUCUGUAAACUUUUUGACGGGGGAUUCUUCACAUCUUUCUAAAAAUACUCGUAAACAACUCAUGUAUGUGUCUCAAAGUGUUUACAUGUUUGUAAAGCCUUUUUAAUAGAUAACAUACGAACGAGAUUGUAUAAAGGAGAAGACAUUAUUUAAAAAAAAAUGACACUCACCUUGAAGUUUAUGUCACAAUGUGGAAUGAGUCGUUUCAACAUUGUGGGAGAUCUACAAUGUUAGGAUGCAUGUAGCUCGGCAUUGUUUAUUGAAAAGGGUACAGUUGAUAUAUUAUGCACGUUUUGUUUGAAUUCGGUAUAAGUAAUAGUUACAAAAAGCAUGUCAAUUAGAUUGAUACAAUUUCCUUUGAAUAAUGGAAAACACACCGUUUACUUAUCUGGAUUAGAGUUUUGGGACAUAAUGCUUUUAUUGAUUUUUUACCAUGUCCAAAAGGUAAAGAAAUUUAAGGGUCAUAGUUAAAAAAUUUUUUUUACAAUUAACAGUGUGUUUGUGUAAAUGCUGAAAGUACUACUACGGGCAUGGAGCAAUGGUCAAUGCUAUGAACAUGGAUGCAUCAAAAUGUUGCCAACUUGCCUUACCGCUAUAUACAUGACAUAUCGUUUGUGAUUGUGUUCAAGGUCCUUGUUACAUGUAUAGCUCUUUCUUCCACUAAAGAACAGUAAAAUUGUCUUUUGUUUGAGCAACAUGUCUACACAGAAAUCUAUUGAAGUGACUACAUUUGUAUCCACAAGAGGAUCCUUGAUAACUUGCUCAUAAUAAAUAAACCGGAGCGUAUGUGCCAUGCUUAUGAAUGGUCUGGUUCUUCAUACAUUCUUGCAAAAUAAAAUAUAAUUAUAAUUUAUGCUUGGUUCAACGAAGAUUAGUACUAAAUUCCAUGCAAAAAUGUUGUCCUUAAGUAUAUAAUAUAUAUUUUAUAUAAAAAUGUAUUCCAUUUGUUCAAUGUCAAUAAGGUCUUGUCUUCUAUUGUUGUUAGUUAUGAACAGAGCUUCUUCUCCUUUCAAAGGACGUUAUAUUACCAUUACAUUUUGAAUACUGUUAAAGAACUGAAGGGACAUAUUUUAGUGUCCAAGCUAUGUGGCGGGCACCUGUGUAAAUUACGAUGUAAGUAUAGAACUACAAAUCAUCUUUUACCCAUAGAAAAUGGGAAACAUUUAAAUAUCGUACGAAACAUUAGAACUUGUUCUCUUUGUGAUAAAAAUGUCAUUGGUCGUGAAUACCACUAUCUGAAAGAAUGUACUAAUGUUCAUGAUAUAAGAACUAGUUUGAACCGCAGCAUUCUUAUAACCAUCCAAAUGUGUUACAACUUGAAUUACUUAUGCAAUGUAAGACAAAAAUAUCUAAUAAAACCUCCUUUAUUUGUAAGAUAAUUAUUUCUAAAUUCCAUUAAUUUCAUUGUUUUGUUAACUCAUUCUCCAUAUUCAUUAAUAGGCAUUAGGCCAACUUCUGUAGUUUUAUUAUAACGAUAAGAUAUAAUCUGUUACUUCUCACAUAGCCUGAUAUUAUUGUAUUUUGUUUGAGUAUAAUUUUCAAUUUGAUCUCAACUUAAGUGUUAUACACAUCAUUUUCAGUGUGUCCUAUAAAAUGUACUGAUAUCUGUUUUACUGUUUUGUUUAAUCUGUUUUAAACGUGUUGCUAUG